UUACAUCACCAAUCCAUGUCUAACAAAAGAGUUCACGAGUACUUCAAGCGAACAGCUAAGAACUGGAAUAUUGUUGAUUUUUUAAACGAAUCCAUUGAAGAACCUUUCAAACGCAAAAUAGAUAGUUAUCUUAAAUCUCUUCAGACAAUUAUGAACAGCGAACAAGACAAAUCUAGACCUGAUUGUACAAAAGCAAAAGAAUGGGAAGAAAAGCAUGACUCCAAUAAGUGGGUGCUCACAACCGGAACCGUUGUAGAAGACGCUCUUUAUGGCUUUGGCUUACGUUGUAAAUAUGAACAUCUUGCUUAUUCGUUUAUCUUGGACCCUGACGACGAUACUUACCUGAAAGAAAAUGGAUUCACCGAAAGUGAAUUACGCGAAAUUCGCCAGUUUCAAGUCAAGGAAACGCCAUUGAUGCCUCUUGACUUGAUUAAGUAUCUAAAUAGCUUCAACCUUAAAACCACUUCAGAAAUUCGGAAACAAAUCUUUAGUCCUGAUCAAAUGGAUCAAGACUUCAAUAGAUUGGAUACUAAGUUUGCACUCCCAUUUCACAGAUUGCAAGAAUAUGAAUUGAAUACUUUAACGACGGAUCACCUAGAACUUUGGAUACUCGUUCAUGUUUGGAGCUUCACCGAUAAAGUUUUUAAUGAUAUUGAGGAAGUGAAAGUGGUCAGAGGGGAGUCGUGUAGCCUGUCGUCAUCAGCACGAAAAAAUCGUGAAAGAACCGUGCCUGGAAUAGCAGAUAUGAAACGAAAAGCGCUUGGAAGAAGAGGCGAUAUGAUUAUUCGUAAGAUAACAGCAGAGUUUGGGUGUGCAGAAGCAGGUCGACAAUUUGAGGGUGAGAAUGGUACGAAGCUGUUGCAUGAAAGAGGCCUUAAAAUGCCUAAAAUGUUGAAGGACAUGUUUAAACACUUAUGUGGAACUUUCAACCACGAUGAUCAUAACCCGCCAAUUGGAAACGAUUGGUUUCCUUCAUGCUGGGCUUAUGAUGAAUUUGGAAAGACACUUCCUUUAAUUUCUUUAGCAUGGAAGGCUAAAAAGAUUGUUGAAAAUAUGAUCAGUUUGAUUGAACAAACUAAUGAAAUCGAUGAAAGUAGCGAAGAAGACCAAUUACGACGUUUACAGGAUGUCUACGAUAUUACACCGCUGCCAUCACGAAAACGAAAAAAGAUAGAUUUACCAACAUGCUUGGAUACUCCAUCAAAAUCGUCAAAGAAAGUCAAAGAAAUUCCGCUUGGCAUGUAUAUGUUUAUAUCUUUGUAUUUUGUAUUAGAUCUGCUUGGACCACCACCACCAUUCAAUCUUUUAUCAAGCAUAGUACCUUGUCCAGAUCUUCAGUGUGAGGGAGAAAAUAAAGUUACUGCCAAAUUUUGUUCGGAUUGUGGAAAGCCAAUCAAUGGAAUGAACACAAUAUAUCCGAAAACACAAGAAACACGGGAGGAAUUAAUCUGA